AACCUACUGAAGCUUCCUUCCUCUCUUCCCGGCUGGUGGGAGGAGAAGAAUCCUGUCAGUUUGCUCCAUAAUGGCGGACACGUGUGGCCAAGUACUUCUGGGGUCUGGAUUAACUGUCCUUUCCCAUCCCCUCAUGUACAUCAAAGUUCUAGUUCAGGUUGGACAUGAACCUCUCCCUCCCUCCCUUGGAAGAAACGUGUUUGGUAGACAAGUGUACCAGCUGCCAGGACUGUUUGCCUAUGCAAAGCACAUCAUAAAGAUUGACGGCAAGGCAGGUCUCUUUAAUGGCCUAGCCCCCAGGCUCUGUGCAGGGACCAUCGGCACCCUUGUACACAGCAGAGUCUUGCAGAGAUGCCAGGAUGCAGGCAAAUAUGAGGUCUCUGGAACCAGUCAGAAAGCUGAAGAGGGAUCCUUACAGCAUGUUGUGAAUGAGACAACCAAAGAGAUGAUAGCCCGCUCCUGUGCCACGAUCGUCACGCACCCCUUCCAUGUGAUCACCUUGAGAUGCAUGGUCCAGUUUAUUGGUAGAGAAACCAAGUACAGUGGAGUGUUUGAUUCAAUCGUCACUGUCUACAAGAAUGAAGGAGUUCUGGGAUUCUUUGCGGGCCUUAUUCCUCGUCUGCUGGGUGACGUGCUGUCUCUGUGGAUCUGCAACAUGCUUGCCCACCUCAUCAACACAUACGCCAUUGAUGACUCCAUGAGUCACACAGGAGAAAUAAAGAACUGCUCUCAGGCUGUGACUGGGUUCUUCGCCAGUAUGCUCACAUACCCCUUUGUUUUGGUGUCAAACCUCAUGGCUGUGAAUGACUGCGGGCUGGCUGGCGGCCUCCCUCCCUAUGCUUCAAUAUAUCCAACCUGGGUGGACUGCUGGAGGCACCUGAGCCUAGAGGGAAACAUGAGCAGAGGCAACAGUUUAUUUUUCCGGAAGCUGCCUGUGGGGAAGACUUAUGCAAUCGACCAGAAGAGAUUUUUUUAAGUCGAACUACCUGCAUAGAAUCACAUUGUAAUAAAUUGACAUUGCCUGAAUGGGGGUAGAUCGCUGGCAUCUAAUCCUUUGUAUGCACUUGUUUACGAUGAUACUUUUUUUUUUAACAACCUGUCUGCCAUCAAGUAAAGAUAAAACUGCAUUGUUUUACAGCAAUGUGCUGCUUUGAUUGGAAACGUGAAGAUCUUUAUUUUAAUAUAAAACUCUACUGCAGGAUAAUUAAAAUGGAGCCGUUUCACCUAAAUCCAGGAACAAACAAGAUUGCAAUAGUGCCCAUUUCACCUCUUUCUGUGAUGGCAGACUGAAUCAUGUCACCUAUUGCCAAUAUAUACAAACUUUCAGAAUACCCUGUAUAUCUGGCUGGCAUUGUGUAGAGUGGAGGCUCUCCCCGUGAUCUCCUUGUUGAUGAGUUUAAGAUGGCAGUUUUCAGCGAAAAUCUGCAUGUAAUGUUUAAUUCAGAAGUUAUUGGGACCCUGUGUCAAUGUGUUGUAUUGAUGUGUAUGAUCAUUCUACAACUUCAAAGGGUCCAUGUGAUAAGAAAUGGAUAUGUGCUGUUAAGGUAAAAUGGGGCCACACUGAGCUAUGGAAAGUAGUUUGAGUUGACAAAUGUCUAUCGCCUUGUCGACGCAGUCAGGUGCUUGUAUUAACUCAUUUUGACUGAUCCCAAUAAAGAUGCUUUUGACUUCUUG